AUGCCCGUCCGGCCAACAGCACUACACCCGCUGCCAGAAGAUACCCUUGUCUUGCAAGAUACCCGCUCGUCGACUGAAAGCCGUACGGCUACUCCUGGUGCCGCUCAUGUUUUGUCUGAAGCCAAUGACCAUCGGCGCCAUCUUCCACAGCGGGCAGCCGACGAAGAUGCGCAAGCCGCCCGCGACAAGCUCGACCGAAUCGCAAAGGCACAGCAGACCAAGCGCAACUGGGCCAAAUCAACCGGUGUCACUUUGAUGUUCAAGGCUUUUGGCCGCAACGAUCGUCGCCAACGCAAGCGCCGACACGGCCUUUCUUCAGAUGAAGAGAGCAGCGACGAGAGCUCUCAGGAUGGUGGCGCAGAAGGCAAACGCAACAAAGAGGAGGUAAAGCUCAUGAUCACCGGAAACCCUGUCGUCACCAAGGUCUUUGACGCUGCCUCUCGCACAAGGAGUCGUUUUCGUGGUCAGAUCGAGUCGCCCGACGCCUCGCCGCAAAUCGAAGAAGCACCCUUUCGUUUUUCCAUCAGCAGGGCCGGAGGCUCGUUAGCAAGACGCUUUCGGCCUCCAUCUGCGACACCGCCACCGCCCGAGGCUGGUCGAAAGAGCACUAACCUCUCUCCCACUGCCGAAGUACCUCCUCGGCUCUCGAGCGACAACAGCGCUGCCGGUUUCGAUCGUGCCAGGUCCAAGUUCCGACCCAAUAACGCUCCUGAGUUGCUGGCCGUAGACGAAGAGGGGCAUGGACAUCAAGACGCAAAAGACCCCGUGCAAACUUCCGCUGGCCGUCUUGCCCUUCCCUUUGUGAGAAGUCUGAAUAAUCACACGCCAAACAGCCUCGCAUCCAGCAGUUCUGUCAAUACUCCAGGUCAAGAAGUCGAGCUUUACAAGCAAGCAAGUCAUCACCGCUCGAGCAUUACUGGUGGUCUCAUUCACGACGAACCUGAGGCUCACGAUUACGGUCCAGCGGAGCGCGGAACCUCGCCUGCGUACGUCUCGUCGGCGUCGGACGUUUCGAGCGAUGACGAACUUGACGGAAGCGCACUUCUGUCCGACUCGGACGAGGAGGAGGGAGACAACAUGCUUAAGCUCAAUUUGCUCAGCCUUGAACACGGCGAAGCGCUCACAAAGGAGCAGCUAAAACGUCGCAAAAAACUCGUUGGUCGCGAGAUCCAGCGCAGAAAGGCCAAUGGCGAGCCCGUCGAUGACCUCAUUCAUCUGCACGGAAAGCUAGGCCAGCUCGGCCACAAGGUUUCCAGCCGAGUCUCGAAAGGCAUUCACUACGGAUCCAGCAACAGCCGCAAUCGUCGAGCCAUGGAUCGCUACUCGCCACAUCCUGGGCAGCUUGCGUUGCAGACUUCCGACCUCCCACGAAGCACCUCGGCGCAGAGUGCAGGCGGUCUCACCCCUUUCUCUACCAUCACACCCUCCAUCUCUCGCGGCAGCAACCACUUUGGCCAGAGGCGCGAGUCGGUCGCUACUGCCGCCAGCAGUCGAAGGAGCUCCAUGACCGUCGAGGAUGACGAGGACGAAGGCGAUCUUGAGGAGGGCGACCGCGCAAGCUUGUCCCGCAAAACAAGCAUGAUCGAUCGCUCCAUGCUGAGCUCGCGCAACAGCAUCCGCAAAUACUUUCACGCACCCAACGUGAUCAAGCGUCGACGUCGCAAAAAGUGGGAGGCCGAGCUGGCGGCGCUGGAGCGAGCUGCGGACGAGGAAGCUCGGAAGGCCGACCCGGACGCGGAGCUCGAUGCCAUGCUGGCCAAGUAUGCGCAACAGCAAGCCCCCUCGGAUGCCAACAAGGUAAAGCACGAGUUUGACGUGCUCUACGAAAAUCAGCGCGGAUUGCUUGUGUUUGGCAUCCCCAAGUUCAGUCCUAGGACGCUCUUCCAGUGGGACCCGUCCCCAUGGACAUUUGCCAGCGGGAAGAAGUCGGCCUACAAUAUUGCCAACGCGCAGCUGCCUGAUCCAUCAUGGGAGUGGGCGUACUCCGAAUGGCUGAUCGAUAUGACUGGCGAUGUCGACGAAGCGGGAUGGCAGUACAGCGGCAACUUUGGCCGACGAUUUUGGCCCAAUAUCCACUUUCCACACGGCAGAAUCGGCUUGCCCAAGACCGGCGCCGACGGCAUCCGAGAGAUGAAUGCGCGUCUUGCAGAGAAGGAGAAAAAGCGACAGGCAAAGGAGGAUACAAAAGAGGACGGCGGAUUUGAAGCCAUCAAGCGUUCAGCGCGUGCUCGGUCAAGCAAGUGGACGGGCACGUCGGACGCAUUCACAUUCGUUCGCCGGCGUCGUUGGAUUCGUCUUCGCCGACGCAAGCCUCUGGCCAGCGCUGCCAAAACGGGUGAAGCGGCAGCCACGCCGGCAGCAGCUCCCUCGCCAGCUCAUGAACUUGAUGUGCCAGACGCUGCUGGCAAGACGGCACUGUUCUCGGGCCAAAACAGCGUAAAACCAGGUCAGUCCGACGACGAGCGAGACACAGAGAGCUCGUUUGGUGGAUCGGACGAGUCCGACUCUGACUCAAGCGAGGACGAUUCUAUGUUGUAUGCACCCGCCUAUGGCCGACCGUCCGGGUUCUUGCCGCGUCGACUGCCAGGCCAUAUGGCCAACGGGGCGCACCCAAUCAGAAACAAAGAUCCGAUCGCCAGACGAAGGGCACGAAAGCAAAUGAGGGAGUUCACGGGCAGCAUUCGUGAGCUCAAGAGUCUGCUGCCCAGCAUCAUCGCCAUGGAUCGCGAAGCCAAGAUGUCGCGCACGCCGACAGGUCUCUGUGCGAGUCAAAACUCGUACAAGUGGGCCAUGCUCAAGAUCAACAAGGUCGACGCUCGCAAUCCAUUCAUCAAUUGGCACUUUGUCAAGCAUCGACUGCAAGACGAAGACAUGGCUUUUGCUGCUACGACGUUGCGAUCGAUGGAACGCAAAUUUCAACAACGGCAACUGGCUGCGAUUCGCAAGAGGGGCGAUACGGCACCCAAGAGCGUCGGGCACAGUUCCCAUCCACCGAUCCCAUCGACCUUUGUGGCUCAGUCCAAGAGCAUCCGUUUCGAUGGGCUGGCACCGACGGCGGACAAUGCUGAACUGUGCACGUUGCCGGGCACCGCAGAAAAUCGCGGCGCGGUGACAACCAGUGCCAGCUCUUCACGUCUGCUGGAACCUUUUGCCUCGAGCCCGCCCGAGGGUCAUGAGCUUUCACGCGAAGCGCUGAUUGAGAUCAACUUUGCACGCGUGCUGCGUGUGUUGCGCGCGUGCAAGGUGGAUCGGCAACGCAUGAGUUUGUGGAAGCUCUGGUUGGGUGUCGUGUCGCUCGACACGCUGAUGGAAACGGCGCGACGGGAAGAUCUGGCCGAACUGGGGCUGCUGGCAGCGGGAACCGAGUGUGCAGCGGACACAGCUUUGCCUGCAGGCGCGUCUCUGCCGGCGGGCGACACACCCCACAUGAGCGGAGGCAGCUCGUUCCGAUACCGUCAGCGGGCAGAGCGGAUCCGAGCGCGCUGGCGAGCUUCGGUGCCGACGCCGGAUGCGUCGGAUGUCUGGGAUGUUUUGGAGCGUAAGCUGGACGAUGUGUUACUGCUGUUCGAGUUCCAGAGCAACCGAGCGCAGUUCAUCCGGCUGCUGCUUGCGGUCCACGAGAAGCUCCAUCCGGAUCACAUCUAUCGGGACCAUUCGUUGCGAGCCAAUCCACUCGAGCUGUCGCCGACACAUGUGCAUGGCGAUGCCGCAGAGAUGGGCGGCGGCGGAGCAGGGGGAGCCUUCGGAUCGCGUCUGGGUGGAUGGAAGAGGGCUGGACUGCCUCGACUGGAGUUUUACUCGGAUCUGCAGAGGAUCUUGGCGGCGACGCCAGGAAACGAUGCAUCCACCAACUCCGAGUACAUUCUGGGCCAGGCAAUGCAGGUCGACGGCAUCGAGCCCGUCGCCAUGCCGCUCGGACAUCACAGCAGCAAUGCGCUGAUUGACAAGCUUGAGGCAGAAGCGCUAUCAGAUUCGUUCCUGGACCACGAGAAGAUCGCCUCGGGCAGUGUGCGGGAUGACGACGAGGGUGCUGGAGCGAAUGGCAAGCAGCGGGACGGCACGGUUGGCGACCGACUCGGCGUGGCCAUGGAUACGAGGACUUCCAGAAGUCCUUCGCCCAUUUCGCGGGCGCCGUCUGUGCCGCUGCCGUACCGCCAUUCUCCACUAACGCCGGCCGUGCCACUAUCGCAGGGCUCGCUGUCGACGUACAAUAGGAGCUCGGCCGACAUUACGAAGAGGACGCGAGGGUCGGCUGACUCCACGCCUCCGUCGUCGGCUCCCGGUGCGACAGGCGAAGACGACGAGCCGAAACGGGGAUUGCUGAAGAAGGACGGCGAGUCGAAGAAGGUUCAAGGAGCAUCGGCUUUGAAGGAGGGUUCGAACGAGGCGUCCAAGGGAGAGACUCUGAACGCGCCAGUCGUGGCUCGAGGGGAGGAGGAGGAGGCGGCGGUCACGCCGACGGUCGAAGCGCUGAAACAGACCCGCGCCCAGCCGAGACCGCCGAUUCCGGUGCGAAGUGGCUCCGUGUCGCCGCAAAAGGGUGUUAGGGAUCGCUUCUAG